AUGUCUCAGUCAGGCCACCCAUACAGAACCCGGAGAACUACGCGUUCUGUUCUGAAACGCAACGCAGACGCUGCUAGCAACCGAGAAGGCCAUGGCGUCGUUAGUUGGCUGGCUGUCAGCCGGCAAAGUGAAGACACAAUUGGCGUCACAGAUUACCAAUUUGGCAUCUCGGCUGGGUAA